AGAAAUCCGAUUCUCCAUCGUCCCAAAGGGUCUCGCACAGCUACCUCGUUUGGACCGUCAGCCCUGGGGAUAUGCAUAGCCACAUCUGACAUUCGAGACACUCCUGAAGAUAAGAAUGUUGGAGGGCCACUGAUCGUACUGUCUUUAAAUAUCCACUAUGCAUCCGAGCCCGACAAGUCAGGAAAGACCAUUCACGACAAAUAAGCUUUAUACCGCUGAGACGCCCCGAGUCCACUCAGUAAGUACAUGGACCACAGGUAUCACUGAAGGUACCUUCAUAUGAGAAAAUUUCCAUCAAACAAGCCCAUCCGAGAGUUCAGUACGCUUUCAACAGGCUCUGAACCCCCAACGAUGACUGCGAGAACCUCCAUCCACAGCGCCAUGCUACUCAUGCCUGGCGGCUCUUCAACCCACAGCACGAUGUCGUCAGAGAUGCAGCCGUACCCUUUUUCGGCCGCGGCCUUUCAACAGGCCCCCUUGUCAGAUGUCCGUGGCCUGCCUGGGACUGUCCCCUACGCCUUUGACCAAAUCCAACCCAUCCCCAUCCACCAAAGAGACUCUGACAUGGGAGGUCUCUACUUCCAAGAUCAUGACCAGUACACUCCCUCAUACGCUCGCCAGACCGUCCCAGCGCAAUCCUUCGGGUCCGAUAUCGAACCCUUUCCCCCAAACACAAACGAAACAUACUAUCCCGUCCAUCAAGAAGCAUGGCUCGCAGUCGCAGCAGCACCAGGCUCAUCCCCCAACAGCACCGACUACCACUUUCCAACAUCCACACAAUCCUCCUUCUCCCAAUCACAACUAACCCCCAUCACCUGCGCCUCCCUAUCCUCCACCACCACCGACCUCGACUUCGAUCUCGAUCUCGAUCUCGACCUUGACGACAUCAACCUUCAAUCCCUGUCCGAUACCUCCUCCGCCCGCACACAGACCCGAGACCUAACCAAUUACGGUAUACAAUCUGCUGACGGCACCUGGCGCUGCGCAUACCCCGGCUGUUCCUCACACGCCGUGUUCCGUCGGGGCUGCGACCUCCGAAAACACUACAACCGACACCGCAAACAUCUCUUCUGUCGGUACGAAGGGUGUCCUCAGGCCAUGCGCGGCGGCUUCUCCAGUAAGAAAGACCGGGAUCGGCAUGAGGCUAAACACAAUCCCGAGAUUCCUUGUAAGUGGGACGGAUGUCACCGGGUGUUUAGUCGAGUGGAUAAUAUGAAAGAUCAUGUGAGGAGAAUUCAUAAGAGGAGGGGGUCUUAGCUUAUUGUUCCUUCCUCCGUCCUCCUUCGCCCUUCCCCUCCCCCUCCUAUCUCUCAACCCCCCCCUCAUCUCCAAAUUUCAUCUCAUCUCUCUAUAUACUCCCCUUUACCGCCCUUUAUUAUCACUUUGUAUCUCAUUACGUCCUUUAUUGCCCCCCCUCUUCUCAUAUCCACUCUUCAUCAUCAUCAUCUUCUUCCCUUUUCAUUUGAUUUAAUUCUUCUUGCUCAAUAAAGCGAAGAUCGGAAUACAGGACCGGAUCAGACCAGGACAAGGAUGGUGGGAUUGGGAUAAACGGAACCA